AUGGAAGAAUGUAAGGAAGUAUACAUUAAACCUGAAGAAAAAGUAGUUAAUUUAGAGGUCUCGCAAAGCGAUAUGUUCAAUGCAUAUACUGAUAUAAUUAAAGCAUUUCGUUUAAGCAACAAAGUGUAUCAGUUUUCGAGAUGCUAUGUCGUUGAACUUAUUAUCAAAUUGCAACAUGUGCUUGACGUAAUAAAAAUGGAUAAACAAGAAUUUCUCCGCAAACAUAAGAUCCAAAAUUGGCUUAGUGUUACAUUAUUUGGGUUCCAAACGUUUAUAUUCAUUUUCGUUUUACAGUUUCUAACAACUUUGGUCAGAAUUUUCUUUGUAGUUUGGAAUAUCAAGAACCUCAUAUUACUGGUAACCGUGAGCAUUGCCUGUGAAAAUUUCUAUAAAAACAUAAAACUAGCUGAAAGUUCCUGUGCUCAGAUUUUAAGCAGUACUGUACCUACAGCAAAGCUAACUAAAAUAAAAAGUGAUCAAGUCGUCAAGAACAAAAUGGAAAUAAGCAGGUUUCAAACUGAGUACCUGAUAAAUAAUAUACUUGAUCAAGAUUUCCAAGCUAUGCUGUUUCCGUUGAGCUUUGUACAGUAUUGCUUUUUAAUGCCUAGGUUCAGUAUCAUUAACAAUUUCAUCACUCCUGCCAACCAUGUGUCUUUUUACAUAAAGACCAUAAUUGGUUGUAUUAUUCUCACGUUAAGCCACGUCUUUCGUUUUAUAUAUUACAGUGAAGUUGCUAAGAGUUUAGGCACUGAUAAUGUUGGUUAUUUGCUUUAUUUUGAUUUUAUGUAUCUUUCUUUUUCGACAGUUAUUACAUAUAUCGUUAAUUCAUUCCAGAGAAGCUAUGUCGUUGAACUUAUUAUCAAAUUGCAACAUGUGCUUGACGUAAUAAAAAUCGAUAAACAAGAAUUUCUCCGCAAACAUAAAAUCCAAAAUUGGCUUAGUGUAUCGUUGAUUAUUAUUACCUACGUGUUUUAUUGGCUUCUUGUGUGUGAUUUCAGUAUUCUUGAUUUGCUAAUACAAUUUAUGUUGGUAGUACCAUUGAUGAUUUUUGAUAUACAAAUAGUUCACGUCACUCGAUCUGUUGUAUUGAUCAAAAACGAGUUACAUGCUUGGAUUUAUAAAAUGGAAGAAUGUAAGGAAGUAUACAUUAAACCUAAAGAAAAAGUAGUUAAUUUAGAGGUCUCGCAAAGCGAUAUGCUUAAUGCAUAUACUGAUAUAAUUAAAGCAUUUCGUUUAAGCAACAAAGUGUAUCAGUUUUCGGUUACAUUAUUUGGGUUCCAAACGUUUAUGUAUAUUUUAUUGAAUUUGCAAUAUAUAAUCGAGAUUGAAAACAAAUCAGAAUUUCAAACAACUUUGAUUAGAAUUUUCUUUGUACUUUGGAAUAUCAAGAACCUCAUAUUACUGGUAACCGUGAGCAUUGCCUGUGAAAAUUUCUAUAAAAACAUAAAACUAGCUGAAAGUUCCUGUGCUCAGAUUUUAAGCAGUGCUGUACCUACAGAUAUGCGCAAGACUUGCAAAAACGUGCUGCGGCUGAACCGCGCGACACUGCGCAAAUUGUCAGCGUUGGGCGUGUUUGAACUCGACGCUGCGUUGCCGCUGCGGCUACUCAGCGGCCUCGUGGCUUACAUCGUUGUGUUGCUGCAGUUUGCCUUCUUGUCGUCUUAG